UGGCGAUGUGAGAGAAGUAUUUUUUAUGAAAUUCGAAAUAAAGGAUUGAAUAUAAAGUAGAAAAAAAUUUCAAUAAUUAAAAUUAAUAAUAUUGUAGCAAAAUAAGAAAAUCGUAAAUCGGAGGAAAAAAGUAAAAGUGCUUCGUCCAUAUUUCUUCCCUUGGUUGUGGAAGAAAUUUUGAACUGAUGAAAUUACGUGCGGGUUAAUUUUCUUAUAUAAAACAGUAAUUACAAAAGUUUUUCAAAGAAAAUAUUAGUCAAGUUAAAAACUUUUUGAAAUGUUUUCGAAAAAUAAUCGGUGAUAACUAAGUGGAAUACUAGUUCUUAACACAUAAAAAAAUUCAUUUCAAACUGAAGUUAUACGUAUAUAUCUACCCACCAACAGAAAAGAAAAGAAUUUUAGAAAAAAUAAGCUGGAUUAAUUUACUAGUUGUCCAUUCUGCUGCAUAUGAACUUGAACAUAUGACGGGAAAAAAAAUAUUAAUAAAAAGCAAAACAACCAAAAUUUAUGCUGCAAAGGAAAAGGUCACUUUUAGAAUAAAUUGUUUCUUCGUAAUUUACAACAAUUUGAGGCUGUAUUCAUUUCAACUACGGAAAAAAUGAGAAAAUUUUAAAAUUUCAAAAUAUUACUUAAAGAAUUAUGAAUAUAAUUAUUUGGACUGAAUAAACAAGAAUUUACAAAAACAUAAUAAUUACUUAUAUAUACAUAUAUUUGAACUGAAUUUGUCUACGCAAUAAAAAAAAAAUAAAAAUUGAUCAAUUGAUUAAAACAAAAUUCUGAAGUAAGGUGUAAAUAUUAUAAAAAAAAUUAGUAUAAAAAAUAAAAAUAUAAUUAUAGUAUAAAACGAUUACGGAGAAAUGGAAUUAAGAGUUGGUAAUAAAUAUCGCUUAGGCCGUAAAAUAGGGUCUGGUUCUUUUGGUGAUAUAUAUUUGGGCACAACAAUUAAUACGGGAGAAGAAGUUGCAAUUAAAUUAGAGUGCAUUAGAACAAAACAUCCACAAUUGCAUAUUGAAUCAAAAUUUUACAAAAUGAUGCAAGGUGGUAUUGGUAUACCACGUAUUAUUUGGUGCGGCUCUGAAGGAGAUUAUAAUGUUAUGGUAAUGGAAUUGUUAGGUCCAUCGUUAGAAGAUUUGUUUAACUUUUGUUCACGUCGUUUUUCAUUAAAAACCGUUUUGCUACUGGCUGAUCAAAUGAUAUCACGUAUAGAUUAUAUACAUUCUAAAAGUUUCAUACAUCGUGAUAUUAAGCCAGACAAUUUUUUAAUGGGUCUUGGAAAGAAAGGCAAUUUAGUAUAUAUAAUAGAUUUUGGAUUAGCAAAAAAAUUUCGAGAUACGAGCAAUUCACGACAUAUACCUUAUAGAGAAAAUAAAAACUUAACGGGUACAGCCAGAUAUGCUUCAAUUAACACUCAUUUAGGAAUUGAACAAUCACGUCGUGAUGAUUUAGAAUCGUUAGGAUAUGUUUUAAUGUACUUCAAUUUAGGUACAUUGCCAUGGCAAGGCUUAAAAGCAGCUAAUAAACGUCAGAAAUAUGAAAGAAUAUCAGAAAAAAAAUUGUCUACACCAAUUUUGGCAUUAUGUAAAGGUUUUCCCAGUGAAUUUGCAAAUUAUUUAAAUUACUGCCGACAAAUGCAUUUUGAACAACGUCCGGACUAUUGCUAUCUACGUAAAUUAUUUCGAACUUUAUUCCAUCGUUUAGGGUUUACAUAUGAUUAUGUUUUUGAUUGGAACUUACUCAAAUUCGGGGGCUCCAGAAAUUCCUCCUCACAGCAGCAACAGGAAGGCGGUGAUAAUGGCGCUGCAGCUGGAGCUGGUGUUUCAACUUUAGACGGAAGUAAGCAAAAUCAAUUAGUUAGUAGCCAUUCAGCCGCUGUUGUUGCUACUUCUGGGGGUGGAGGUGGUUUAGUUAGUAGUUCAGCUGGAGGUGGCCAAAUGGUUGAUGAUACUAUGGUAGCAACUAAUUCUUCAAGACCAUAUGACACAUCUGAAAGACGACCUUCUAUUCGAAUGAGAGCACAACCAGGUGUAAUUGGCGAUGGUAGAAACCCAAAAUAAUAUAUUGUCUAAUGGGGAUGUCUUUCUACCUUAACCAAAAAUUGAUAUUUUUUCGGUUAAAAGAAAAGUUACGAGAAAAAGACGAAGUUGGUUGCUUUAAGUGAAAUAAAUGCAUUUAGAUAAAAUAUUACAAAUAUUAACAACAAAUUAAGCAAAUUGCCGUAACAGAAAGCAUCAUUCAUAAAUUACUAAAUUUAAAAGUUUAUAUUAAAAUUAUGUUCAAUAAAUACCUAUUAAGCAUUAUUUUUAUAUGGCAAAAAUUUUUCCUUUUAUAGUUAUUGCAUACAUUACGUCAAUCUGAAGUUAUACUAUAUAAGUAGCCGUUAAUUCGAGAUAUUUAAAUCAAAUAUAAAAUGUUAUUUUCGUGUUUGGUGAAUAUAAAAUGAAAAGUUUUAUAUGCAUCAAUCAUUCUAGAAAUCGCAUCUUCAAUUAAUUGCGCUCAUAGAAAUAUAAUGCAAAAAACGAUACGAUUUGCACUUUUGUAUUUAAUAGUAAAUAUAUUAUGAAUAUCUCCUAUUACCACAAUUUUUGUUAUUUCAACGAUUUUAAAUAAUCUAUUUAAUUAUUUGUGUAAAAAAAUAUAUAUAAAAUUUGAUGAAACUAAAUUUGUAUAAUCACUAUACUAAAAUUGUUAAAGGAAAAUUCUUACUAAAACUGAAUAUCGUAGAACUAAAUUUGGUAAUAAUUAAUGAAUAUUUUAAUGCGACUGGAAAUUAAACAUUAUAUUUUUUCUAUUGGCAUAGAAUUUUUAAAGUAGUAAUUAUUCAAAGAAGUGAACAGACAAAGUGAUAUUUAAGUUUUCAAAGGGUGAAAACUCAAAUCUCAUGCAUGUAUAUUACUAUAAUAUAUUAUUAACAUUAUAAACAUUUCAAAUUUUCUUGAUACAAAUGUAAUAUCACUUAACUAUUACAAAAUGUAAAAUAAUAGCUUUGCUUUCUUUAUGUUUAUAUUAAAUGCAAAAAUAAAAAAAAAAUAUAUUAGGAGUUUUUAAAUUAAAGUGAAAUUUUUUUAAAUGUACACAAUGUUCUAUGGCCUUUUGUAUUUUAGUUUUUGGUUUAUGAAAACAUAGUUUUUAAAAAGAAUAAACGUAUAAUUAACUUAGGUAGAAUUAAAAAGAACCUGUCAAUUGAAAUAUUUUGCGUGUUAUUUUUUCGAUAACUUUACAUCUUGACUUAAAAGCUUAACUGUGCUAAGAAAUAUAAAAAAAUAUCAAACAAUAUAACACAAACUUUUUUUUAUAUAUUUAGUGAUUCUCAUAAAUGUUUCUGCAAUUUUUUAUGCAAAAGUAAAAAACAAGCUGUUUUUUAAUGAUUUUUAGAUUCAAUUUCAAUGUAAUAUAAUGUGAAAAUUAUAAACUAUUGUGUAUUGUAUAAUAAAAAAUAUAAUAUAAAUAUGAAAAUUAUAAACUAUUAUGUUUAGAGAAAAAAUUAUUGUUUUAUACAGAGUGUAGAAGAUAUUAUGAAUUGCAGGUCUGUUUUAACUGUUGCUGAAGAAUUAAAAUUUAGAAAGAUACAUAAGCAACUAACAAAUUAAUAUUGCUUUGAAAAAAACAUUGUUUUAUUUUCUUUGGUUCUAAAAUUGUUUUGCCUAAAUAUUUAUGAGAAUCAUUUAGUAUAUUUUUUGCAAUAAGCGUACGAAAAGGGCUUUUAAAAUUUAAGAUUAUCUUAAUACUUGUACACAUUGUAUUACUGUAGAAGUAAGAUUAUUGGUGAACUGAAAUUAUAAAUUUAAUUUUUCUAUUUUAAUUCGUUAAAAUAGAAAAUUCGUUAAAGUUUGCACUUGGAAAUUAAGAUAAUUUACAAAAUUAGGUGGCAACAAGAGCAUACCAAGCUUAAAUAUAAAGCUAAAUAGUUUGAACGUAAUUAAAUGUGUUUUACUUUUAACUUUUCUUCAAGUAUGUAACCGAAUAUUUUUAAUUUAAGGAGCUGUAUUUAUUUUAGCUUAAUCCUGGUGUCACUUAGUUGUUUUGUAAGCCAGACAAGUUACAACUUUAAUUUUGUCUUGCACUACUGAUAAUAAGGUUUCUAUUCAAAUUACAAUAAAUUUUUGCAGUAUAAUUUCGAUAGCAAAAUCUACUUUCCCUUUUGAAUAAAUUUUAUGUUAAAUACACAUAAUUAUUUUGGUAGAAAAUUUUCAUAGUUUAAUUUUAAGCACAAAUCAAAUUUAUCAUUAAAUACAUAUAUAAAACAUAAAUAUAUAUAUAAAUAUGUAUAUUUCAUAAAAAUACAAAUAUUUUGAAAAAUUAUCCAAUAGAUGUCAGAUAAUAAUGAUACAAAAUAAAUGAAUUUAUUCAAGUUAAAUGAACAUUUCGUUGUGCUAAAUUAAUUGUAAAUGUGUGUAAAAAUUUGUAUUACUAUGUGCAUAUGAAUAAAUUAUUAUAGGUACCUUAGAAGUAAGAACUUAUCAGGUAUUUACAUUGAAAAAGUAUUUGGUUACUUUCCGGGAGUUAUAGUUUUCAUGUACACACGUAUGAACUCGAUAGCAGGAUCGACAUUAUUUUUUCUUAUUUCAUUUUACUGUGAUUAUUAUAUUAAAAAAUUUAAGUUAAUUUCAGCAUACCAUGAAGAAUUAUAAAAAGAUUUAUUCCUUUUGGAAAUUACAUGAAAAAAUAAAGAAUGUGCUCAAAUACAUUUCAUUUCAAAAAUUUAUUUAAAAAUAAUUAUAUGUUUCAGAAAUAAAUGUAUGUAUAUGCUUCAUUAUUCAAGCAAAUAUAAAUGUAUACACACGGGAUACUGAAUAUAUGCACGUAAAAGUAUAUAUAUAUUAUACAUAUAGUUUAAUUUAAAACACAUGUAAUAAGCAUUAUAAAAGUAUUCAUAUACUUAUCAAUAUUUGUAUUAAUAAUAUAUAUAAUGUGUAUAAUAUAUAUAUAUAUUAUGUAAGUGCAUAUAGGCAGCAAAUAUUUUAUAAUUACAAGUGUUUAUAUUAAUUUCAAGAUGUACAUGCAUAUGAGUACGGUAUUAAUACACAUUCAAUAUUCAUGUCAUAAUAUUUAAUACAUAUAUUUGUAUAAAAUGUUAUAUAUUUUAAGGUAUAUAUUCAUUUAU